AUGGCCAAGGUCAGCAAGGCUCUCCACUCCUCGAGACGCAAGUCUCGCAAGGCUCACUACAGCGCUCCUUCAAGCGUCCGAAGGAACGUCAUGAGCGCCCCUCUCAGCAAGGAGCUGCGUGAGAAGUACAACGUCCGCAGCAUCCCCAUCCGCAAAGACGACGAGGUCCUCAUCGUCCGUGGCUCUAACAAGGACAAGGAGGGCAAGGUCACCUCCGUCUACCGUCUCAAGUACGUCAUCCACGUCGAGCGUGUCACCCGCGAGAAGACCUCCGGCCAGAGUGUGCCUCUGGGCAUCCACCCCAGCAACGUCGUCAUCACCAAGUUGAAGCUCGACAAGGACCGUGAGAGCAUCCUGGAGCGCAUCAAGGCCGGCCGCGAGACCAAGGGCAAGACCGGUGCCAAAUAA